UUUCCUGGCGCCUGCAGGGCGCCCCGUCCUCCCCUACCUCGACGCCCGGGCCAUCCAGCCCAGGGUUAAUGCCAACGAGUUUCCACCUCCAGCCGCUCCUAGAGAGGCCGCGGCGCUAGCCAGCGGGGGAAACUGGCCGCGGACGGACACUUCCUGUGCGGAGGGGAGGGGGUCGGCCAGCCGCAGCCCUGCCCGGGCUGGGGGGCCAGACGGCGGGGUCUCGGGCGGGGAGCGGUAUCCCGGGGCGGCAAGGCGAGUCGCGAAGCCCCUCACCUCCGAGGCCACAACGCACGAGGGCCUGAGGAGACCCCAGGGCAAGCCGAGUCCUUGUGGGUGGGGGCGGGGCCGCGGGUAGGGGAGGGGCCCGGCCGGCCGGAGAGGCCCAGGGUCAAGACGUCCGGCCUCUGGGGCCGACGCUGGGCAGCCAGGUCCCCUGGGCGGCGCUGAGCGGGCGGGCGGCGAGGGCCUGGGUCUCAGGGCACUCAGACCCGGGUCGCAGGAUCGUCCGCCAUCGCCGCCGCCACCGCCGCACUGGGAGCCGGCGGGGAUGGAACGGGAGGCGUCGCCAUGGGGCCUCGAGCCCCAGGAUGUGCAAAGUCGUGACGAAAUGGGGAGCCCCGAAGGGUCCCUCAAAGGCAACAUGAGUGAGAAUGAGGAAGAGGAAAUUUCUCAGCAAGAAGGCACUGGGGACUAUGAGGUCGAAGAGAUACCCUUUGGGCUUGAACCCCAGAGCCCUGGGUUUGGGUCACAAAGCCCAGAGUUUGAACCCCAAAGCCCCAGGUUUGAGCCUGAAAGCCCAGGUUUUGAGUCCCGAAGCCCUGGGUUUGUGCCCCCAAGCCCUGAAUUUGCGCCCAGAAGCCCUGAAUCAGAUUCUCAGAGCCCCGACUUUGAAUCCCAAAGCCCUGGGUACGAACCCAAGAGCCCUGGGUAUGAACCCAAGAGCCCUGGAUAUGAACCCCGGAGCCCUGGGUAUGAACCCAAGAGCCCUGGGUAUGAACCUGGGAGCCCUGGAUAUGAAUCUCAAAGCUCCAGAUAUGAAUCCCAGAGCCCGGGGUAUGAACCCCAGAAUCCAGAGUUCAAAACCCAAAGCCCUGAAUUUGAAGCGCAGAGUUCCAAGUUCCAGGAAGGCGCAGACAUGCUUCUGAAUUCUGAGGAAAAGAAUCCCUUGAGCAUCCCCUUGGGAGUCCACCCCUUGGACUCCUUCACCCAGGGCUUUGAGGAGCAGCCCACCGGGGGCUUGCCGCUAGGGCCCCCUUUUGAGAUGCCCACAGGGGCCCUGCUGGCUCCACCCCAGUUUGAGAUGCUCCAGAAUCCCCUGGGCCUGACGGGGACCCUUCGUGGUCCCGGCCGACGGGGUGGCCGGGCCAGGGGUGGGCAGGGCCCGCGGCCUAACAUCUGCGGCAUCUGCGGGAAGAGCUUCGGGCGGGGCUCCACCCUGAUCCAGCACCAGCGCAUCCACACGGGCGAGAAGCCCUAUAAAUGCGAGGUCUGCAGCAAGGCCUUCUCCCAGAGCUCUGACCUCAUCAAACACCAGCGCACCCACACGGGCGAGCGGCCCUACAAGUGUCCCCGUUGCGGCAAGGCCUUCGCUGACAGCUCUUACCUGCUUCGCCACCAGCGCACCCACUCUGGUCAGAAGCCCUACAAGUGCCCGCACUGCGGCAAGGCCUUCGGCGACAGCUCCUACCUCCUGCGGCACCAGCGCACCCACAGCCACGAGCGGCCCUACAGCUGCCCCGAGUGUGGCAAGUGCUACAGUCAGAACUCAUCCCUGCGUAGUCACCAGAGGGUGCACACCGGGCAGAGGCCCUUCAGCUGUGGCAUCUGUGGCAAGAGCUUCUCCCAGCGCUCAGCACUUAUCCCCCACGCCCGCAGCCAUGCCCGCGAGAAGCCCUUCAAGUGCCCCGAGUGCGGCAAGCGCUUCGGCCAGAGCUCGGUGCUGGCCAUCCACGCCCGCACCCACCUGCCGGGCCGCACCUACAGCUGCCCCGACUGCGGCAAGACCUUCAAUCGCUCCUCCACGCUGAUUCAGCACCAGCGCUCCCACACGGGCGAGCGGCCCUACCGGUGCGCCGUGUGCGGCAAGGGCUUCUGCCGCUCCUCCACGCUGCUGCAGCAUCACCGGGUCCACAGCGGGGAGCGGCCGUACAAGUGCGAUGACUGUGGAAAGGCCUUCUCUCAGAGCUCCGACCUCAUCCGCCACCAGCGGACCCACGCGGCCGGCCGGCGCUGACCUGGGGCCCCGCGGGGCGUGGGGAGGUGGUGGGCGGAAGAGAAGGGCACGGGGAGCGAGAGAAACCUUGGGAGGAAGAGUGGGUGGAAACGCUGGAGGCGAAAGGAGUUGAGGAUUCGAGGAGGAGAGGGGGCCAGGGUGGAGGAAGUGACAUGCCCUGGAGACUUAUGGGAAAUGGGCUAUGAAGAGGGGUUGGAGGGAGGCCAAGCUGGCAGCCAGAGGCUCCGGGAGGGAUCCAGAAAGAGGUCAGCAGAGAGCUGGCCUCAGCAGCAGCAUGCCCCUUGCUGGACGCCCGGCUUGGCACAGUGCUAGAUGGGGGUGGGGGGAGGGGGGGAGGGGUACUUAAUUAGAGUUGGUAGCUUAGAUUGGUAGCUACUGAGACCCCCUCGGAGUCAGGAAGAGGUGAGGGUCGGUGGGGCGGGGGGUGGGACCCCAAAGCAGGGCCUGGCUUCUGAGUGCAGACCCCAGCCUCUCCCGUCUUCCUCAGGCUUUGGAGCCCCUGAAUUUGAGUUCAAUAAAAACCUUUAUGUGUUAAGAGA